AUGUCUACACACCAAAAUGACUUCCCUUGGCACAUUGGCGUCUACGACGCGCACUGCCAUCCCACCGACAUCAUGUCCAGCAUCCCUUCCAUUCCCUCCAUGAAAGCCCGCUGCCUCACUGUCAUGGGCACACGAGCACAAGACCAGGAUCUCGUCUCGCAAGUCGCAGAUCAGUAUGGCAUCAAGAGUAAUAAACCUGAAGAGUGGAAGAGGGAAGAGUGCAUGGUCCCCUGCUUCGGGUGGCAUCCGUGGUUCGCUCACAUGAUGUACCUCGAUCACCCCUCUGGUAGUGAAAACGGCACAGGGGAAAGAGAAGAGACGGUCCUACGAGACGAGGAUAAAAUCAAACAUUAUCAAAAUGUCCUGGCCCCAAAAAGAGAAUACCCCAGCGAAGAAGACCGUCAAACCUACCUAUCCCUCCCCAACCCGAGACCCUUCUCCGCCUUCCUCUCCCAGACCCGCUCCAACCUCGAGAAAUACCCCCUCGCCCUCGUAGGCGAGAUCGGCUUAGACCGCUCGUUCCGCAUCCCAGAAGCCUUCCAAUCCGGACGGGAAGAAAACGACCUCACCCCCGGCGGCCGCGAAGGCCGCCGUCUAACCCCCUUCCGCUGCGCCCCCGCGCACCAGAAAGAAAUCUUCAAACGGCAACUGAUGCUCGCGUCGGAGAUGAACCGCGCUGUCAGCGUCCACGGCGUGCAAGCCCACGGCCUCGUCUUUGACACUAUCAAGGAGCUGUGGAAGGACCAUCAACUCCCCGUGCUGUCCAAGCGCGAGAAGAAGAAACGCGGGAAAGACGAUCCCUCUGUCGAGGCUCAGCUUGCUUCCUCGCAGACGGGGGAUGGCAAGGCGAAACCAUACCCGCCGCGUGUGUGCUUGCACUCGUACUCCGGGUCUGCGGACGCGUUUAAGCAGUACCUAAACCCGGCGAUACCGGUGGCUUUCUUCGCUUCCUUUUCUACGGCUAUCAACUUGGGUGAUGCAGUGGGGGAGGAGACGCCUCAGUCUUUUGUAGAUAUGAUCAGCACGGUGCCGGAUGACAUGGUACUGGUAGAGAGUGAUUUGCACACUGCGGGAAACGAGAUGGAUAGACGGCUGGAAGACAUUGUAAGGCGAAUAUGCAAGAUCAAGGGGUGGGGACUAGAAGAGGGAGCAGAGAGGUUGGGGAAGAAUUGGAGGAGGUUUGUUUUCGGGACCGAAGGUUGA